UGCGGGCUCCGCCUUCUCUGCGCUCUUUGCCGCCUCCGGCCCCGGCCUCCCAGGAUGCAGCGCGCAGGCGGGAGGUUUGGAGCCGCGGGACGCUGCGCCUGCGUGGGACGUCGGAAGUUUGGCGGCUAUCGGACGCAGAGCCCCGCGUGCUAAGGUUUAAAAGCAUCGACUGGAAUCAAUUUGCAUUCGAAAAUUGUACCAACACAAAGACUUCGUAUUGUGGAAUGACUAGCAAACAAGCAAUGUCAUCUAACGAAGAAGAAAGGCUCUUGUGUUAUAAUGGGGAAGUCCUUGUUUUUCGAUUGUCUAAAGGAAAUUUUGCAGAUAAAGGACCUGCAAAAAUACCCAUAUUACAUGUCAGAAGAAUGGUAUUUGACAGAGGUACAAGAGCAUUUGUUCAGAAAUCCACUGGAUUCUUUAGCAUAAAAGAAGAAAACUCUGAUUUAAAAAUUGUGUGUUGCGGCUGUGUGUCAGAUUUCAGAAAUGGAAUUAACCUCCCUCAUAUUGUGAUACAAUGUAAUAAAAAGAAUAACGUUUUCAAAUAUCUUCUACUAUUUCUUCACAGUACCAAUACAUUUGAAAAGCGUUUGAGUUUUCAACUAGGCCACGAGUUGCUGGAUGGUGUAAGGGUCCUUAAUGGCCCUUUAAUUUUAUGGAGAUAUGACAAAACAUUCUUCUAUAUCUCUUCCAAAACACACCAAGUUGUUACUGUGUCUGUUAACUUUUCCUCUAUUGAGUGGGCAGGGGAAAUUGAAAAUCUAGGUAUGGUUUUAUUAGGACCAAGGAGAUGUUCUUCAAACCAAAAGCCUUCAAAAUCAGAUUAUGCAUUUCGGAAUACCAAGUUUGGUGUAUACUCCCUUGAAAACGAAGAAGUAAUAAGUGAUACAUACAUUAUCCCUCCUGCUUAUAGCAGUGUGUUAACUUGUGUGCAUGUAUAUGCAACUGAGAUGGUCAACAACCAGUUAAGAAUGUCUCUGAUUGCCCUUACUCAAAAGAAUCAGCUGAUUUCAUUCCGAAAUGGGACUCCUGAAAGUGUGUGCCAGCUUCCAUUUGGAGAUCCUUGUGCAGUUCAACUGAUGGAUUCAGGUGGAGGAGGCUUCCUUUUCGUUGUAUCCUUUAGGUCCAAUGAUGCAUGUGCUGUUUGGAAAAAGAACUUUCAGGUUGCUGCUAAGUGGGAAAAAGUUAGCUUAGUACUGAUAGAUGACUUUAUUGGAAUUGGAACUGAACAAGUACUGCUACUUUUUAAGGACUCCUUGAAUUCAGAUUGUCUGAGUUCAUUUAAAAUAACAGAUCUGGACAACAUAGACUAUUCAACUGAAACACUAGAUUGCAAUGAAGAUGACUUGUUCGAAGAAAUACAAGAGAAUCGUUAUUUGGUGAUCCCACCUCUGGAAAGAAGAUUGAAACCAGUUGUCGGAGGGGAAAUGGGGAGACCAGGACCUCGGAGAAACUUGUGCACAUGUACAGGAAUGUUCACAGCAGCAUUCUUUGUAAUACUCCACAAAGGGACGUACCCCAGAGGUCUCUCAGCAGGAGAAUGGAAAAGUAAAUUGGUUGAUUUCAUUUCUAUUCAGGAAUUACAGCGGCAUCUCUUGCUUAAGGAAAAAAUGAUUUCAAAAUCUUACAAAGCUUUAAUAAACCUGGUUCAAGGGAAAGAUGGUAGUACAUCAAGUGCAGAGGAGGAAUGUCUUGUUACUCUUUGUGGUAAAGAAGAAAAUCCUGUCCAUACCUUGGAUGAAAAGUUAUCAGACAAUUUUCAAGAUUCGGAACAGCUAGUAGAGAAGAUAUGGUAUCGUGUAAUAGAUGAUAGCUUGGUUGUUGGAGUGAAAAUCACAUCUUCUUUGAAGUUGUCCCUGAAUCAGGUGACUUUAUCGCUGUUAAUGGAUCAAGCCCAUAGCUCCAGCUUUCAGCUUAUUAAGUGUCAAAAUAGGGUGAUCAAGUUGAGUAGGGAUUCCGUCCCAGCACCAAGCUCAGUGCCGUAUGAAAGAGGAUCAGAGGCAAAAAGGAUCAAGUUGACUGGUCAUAGUGAGGAAGAGGAAGAGGAAAUCUUUGUUUGCAAGCAACCAUCUGAGAAAGAGUGUGUACAGAUAAUUACUGCUAUAACAUCUCUUUCACCACUUCUAGCAUUCAAUAAUUUUUAUUGUAUUGUGCUGCUACAAAUCAGGAAGAGAAAAAGUGGUAACUAUUUUGAAGAUCAUUAUAUUCCGUGUGGUAGACUUUUUAUAAGUCUAGAAGAUCUUUCAAGUGGGAAAUACCUAGUGAAAUUGCCAAAGAAGAAAACUAUCGAACACGUGGAAGAUCUCUUUGCGCUUCUCACAGCAUUGCGCAAAACUUGUUUUCAAAUCACAUCACCCAACUGUGCCCUGACUUCAAUGAAGGUGUGGCUCUUAGAACGCAUGAACUGUGAAGUAAUCAAAGAAUUUCCAGAAAUAUGCUUUUGUAAAACGCCAGGAAGUUUCUGUGGGACACUCUUCAAUUGGAAACAGAGAACACCUUUUGAAGGGAUUUUAGUAGUCUAUUCCAGGAAUCAAACAGUUUUGUUCCAGUGCCUUCAUAAUCUCAUCAGAGUUCUCCCUGUAAACUGUUUCUUCAAAAAUCUAAAAUUAGGAAGUGAAGAUUUGCUAAUUGAUCAUUUGGCAUUAAGUUUGGAGCAGGAAUUGGUUACCCUUGGUUCUCUUUCUUCUGCCUUCGUUAAAGUUGAAAACAACUUCGUGCAGAGGUGUGAAGCAAGCAAAGAAAAGAGUAGUGAUGUUGUGACUGCUUUAUCAGACAGAAAGGAAAUCAUCCAUACCUACAGAAAAGAACUUCAGAGAGAAAAGAAGGAAGCAUUAGGGACGAACCUAAAAGUGAGUGGUGCCCUUUACAGAGAAAUGACUUUGAAAUUAGCUGAGGUUCAGCUGAAAUCAGACCUUGCUGCACAGAAACUGAGUGGUUUAUAAUUACAAUCUCAUUUUGAUUGUAUUUUAAAAUAUGUUUUCCCUGUCAGAACGUUUUGGUUCUGCUUGUUUUCAUUUUACAUUAUAUGCCUCCUUUGUAAAAGUAUUGAGGCUUGUUGUAGAAU